GUGCCCGAGCCGGCCGUCUUCAACUCGCUCAUCGGCCUGUGCGGCAAGAGCGGCGAGGGCGAGUACGCGCUGCGCAUUUUUGCGUAUAUGAAGCAGCUCGAGGUGAUCCCAAACUCGACCACCUUCCGCGCCCUCGUCGCCGCCUGCCUCAACGCGGGCGACUCUGCCCGCGCCGAGCAGGCCACACACACCGCCCACCCGCGCGCACUGGGCCUUGCACUUGUAAUGCCGUGCGGCUCCGGCCGUGCACGAGAUGGCUGCCGCGGGGCCGUGCACGAGAUGGCUGCCGCCGGGUGGGAGCCGGACGCAGAGACGGCCGAGUCGCUGCUCCGCGCGGUCGCGUCGAGGCAGGGCGAGGCGCGCCUCGACGAGGCGGCGCGCGUCGUCGACGCGCUGCGCUUCCAGGCCGGCGCGCCCCCUCCGCUGGCGCCCGUCCUCGACGAGGCGGCCUUUGGCGCGGCGCUGCGCCAGCUGCACGCCUCCCUCCCGCCGGCCGGCAAGCCGGGCGAGUCUGCCUCCCGCGACCGGCUCCGCGCGGCGGUCGAGGCGGUCGCCGCGGCGCACACACCCUCCUCGACGACGGCAGCGAGCGGCGGCGCGGGCGAGGAGGCGUAG